AUUUUCUUAUAUUGGAUAUUUAUAAACAAUUUACCAUGUUUUUAUGGAAUUUAAUACAUUACAAACAAAUCAGAUAUAAUAGUGCCAAUAUACAAUACCUAAUUCGUUUAUUUUAGCUGUUUGUUUAUUUCUAAGGACUAUUAUUUCAAUCAAACUUAUGACAAAUAAUAAUAAAUAUACAAAUAUGAAAAGAAAAAAACUAAUAUUUGGCGUAUUUAUGGGAAGAGACCGGAUGGGUCCCACCCACUCGAGAAAUGUUAAUGCUCACCCCGGGAUCCGAACGAUACUUCACAAAGACAUUUGAGAGUAAAUAUAGGUACGCGUUAAGAAACCAGGCCCACUCUGUGAAAUAAUCUUAAAUACGCCAAUGGCUAAAUUAUAGGUAAUAAUCGUUGAGGUGCACCAUAUUCAUCAUCAUCAUAUCACUCCCUAACUGUCCAGUGCUAAACAUGUUUCCCCCUUGAGGGGUUUUGCCAGUAGUUGCCACGUUUGGCAGGCAAGUUAGCAACUGCAGUUAAGCUUUCAGAGAUGUUUUAAGAGUGACACUACUGUCAACCCCUCUAUCAUUGGGGGGAAUGGGUUUGUUAGCAAUGAUGUUUGACAGUCCCAUUGCUAGCAAUAUGCCCUAUUAGGUUGACCUCCAUGUGGUUCCCCCUGGAAACCAUCGUGAACAAUUCUUGUUGAAUUCGUCACGGUGGGCUAACUGACCUACUUCAUCCUCACCUAUCAUCCCUCACUGGUGCCCCCCCGGUGUAUAUGUGUAGCGCAGGUGGGAUUACCAUUCCAUUAUCAUCCAUUAAAAAAAAAAAAAACCUCUACCAUUAAUUCCAUUAGUCGCUCUACGUCACCCACAGGAAAGGAAGUGGUGGGACCACAGUGGACAGUUGUACCAUAUUGCUGGGUUAAAAAUCACUAUAUAGACAGUCGCUGGUAAUAUCUGGUUAUGAAAUCGUCAAAUAAUAAAAUAUACGAAAGAAACAAAGAUAUGAAUAGAUGGUGAAAUAAAAAAAAACUUACUAGAUGGUACAUGGAAAUCUUUUUAGUGUACACGAUUUGUUUAAAAUUCAGUUUUAAAUCAGCCCUACGUAUUAAAUUCUGUACAUGAUCUAUUUAUGUAUCAAAUUUUAUCAUAAUACUUUUAGUAGAUACUUUAUGCAAGAUUAACAAAAUUAAAGGUGAGGGAGGAAGGGAUUGUUAGUAAUAGGGUGAAAUAGCCCCAUUACUGGCAAUAUACUCUAUCAAGUCUACCUCCACGUGGUUUCCCUUGGAAACCAUCGUGUUUAAUUUUAGUUGAAUUCAUCAGGAUGGGCUAACUGACCUGCUUUCAUUCUCGUUUGUCAUCUCUCAUUACCAUGCCAUUAUCACCCAUUUAAAAAAAGGAUCCAAAAACAAAGAACAUAGAUAAAGAGUAAUGGCUAUAUUAUAAUAACCUACAGGCUAAAGAAGAAUAUAUUUUAAAGAAUAGACAAUGUGACUUUUAGUGUCACCUAAACACCUCGUAUUACUUUCGUAUUAUACACUACAAAAUGUAAAACAAAAUUUUAGUAAAGAGAACUAAUAAAAACUUAAAAAUGCCUGCAUUUUCUCUGUAUAUGAUUAGUUGGACUAAUCCAGGGCGUGAAAUCAAGACUUGUGCUUGGGAGCCAAGGUGCUGGAUACCUAACCUCAUCUUCAUACCAUGACCGAAUUGAAAACCACUGUAUCAGAAGAAAAUACAUUGUCUUCAAAAGGGUAUAAAUUGCAAAAGUUUCUUGGGGAAGGAGCUUAUGCAAAGGUAUAUUUGACUGAGUAUACAGGAAAAGACGAUUCCCACAAAGCAACACUUGCCUGCAAGAUUAUCGAAACAUCCAAAGCUCCUAAAGACUUUGUUGUAAAAUUUUUACCUCGUGAAAUAGACGUACUUAUACGUCUAAAUCACCCUCAUCUAAUACACAUACAUAGCAUAUUUCAAAGGAAAACAAAAUAUUACAUUUUUAUGAGAUUCAGUGAGAACGGCGACCUCUUGGGAUAUAUUUUGAAAAACGGAUGUGUGUCUGAGAAUCAAUCGAGAGUGUGGCUUAGACAGUUGGCUCUGGGAAUUCAAUACCUACACGAGUUAGAAAUUACACACAGGGAUAUCAAAUGUGAAAACGUUCUUUUAACUGCGAAUUAUAAUGUGAAAAUCUCUGACUUCGGCUUCACAAGGUUCUGUAUUGAUGAAGAUGACCAAUCUAUUUUGAGUGAAACCUACUGCGGUUCCAUGUCAUAUGCUGCGCCUGAAAUUCUCCGAGGCAAACCAUAUUUCCCUAAACCAACAGACAUCUGGUCGCUUGGCGUUGUACUUUUCGUUAUGUUAAACAAGUCUAUGCCGUUUGACGACACACGAAUGCGAAAAUUGUACGAACAGCAAAUGGGAAAGAAGUACCGAUUUCGUUCUCGCGUUGCAAGUAUUCUCUCUUUAGAAUGCAAGUCUAUUAUCAAGCACAUGUUAGAACCUGAUCCUGGUUUGCGAUAUACAGCCACACAAAUAAUCAAUUCAGAGUGGAUUGCUAUGGACAGUAGACUUACUAGUAAGUUCAAAGAAAAUAAUAAUUUCAUAUUUGUAAACUUUCGUGACAGUAUGUGCCAUAUUAAUAUCAAUAUUUCGCUAGCCUUAAACGCAGUUGAAGCAAGUGCACUCAAACGAGCUAAAGAAGAACGUCGACAAUUAUCUGAAUUGCAUAGACAGCCCCCUAAGACGCAAGGAGAUAUUUUAGAAGGUCCACAAAGCAAUUCCGUACACAGGGUAAAGCUUUUUUUUUUUGAGUAACAACCCAAAACUGUAUAGUUAUCCGAUUUUUUUUUUGGGAUUACAAAUGUAUACAUACCUACUCAUUGAUUUUGCAUAAAUUAUGUAAUAUUUCUAAGUCAUACGUAUAAUAUAUUAAAAAAUUGAUACAUAUAUACGAGUAUUAAUACAUUUAUUUAUAUAACUAUGUUGUUUAACAGACAAGUGAAAUGAUGAAAUCUCUUGCUAAUGUAACAUCUAAACAAAAGAAAAUUGAAUAAAUGGAGGAAAAUUCAAAGGUAUUUUUAAUUAAUAUUAUGUAAUUAAUAUAUUAUAAACCUACCAAUACAAUAUAUACCAUAACAAAGUUAAUUCUUUAUAUAAUGAUUAUAGUUUCACACUGAAGAUAAAUUAAAACUAAGCGCAUCUGAACAAUUAACACUUGCUACACGCGGAUAUAAAAUGUUAAAAAAAGUCAACGAAGGUUCUUACGCUAAGGUAACGUGUUUUGUAUAAUUUAUUGCUACAAAUUUAUUUUAUUUAGAUACUAAUUUGUUGUAAUUAAUAAAUAGGUUUAUUUAGCGGAAUACAGGAAUCCGAAUAAAAACGACAAGCUAUCAAUUCUCGCAUGUAAAAUCAU